AAUAACGGAAACAAACACUCUUGUGUUCGUGAAAUAUGAUGUAAAAGAGAGGAAGAAAACAAAGGAGUGGAAGCUGGUAGUUGAGAAAGGGAUGGCGAAGAAGGCGGUUUUGAUCGGAAUCAACUACCCAGGAACGAAGGCGGAGCUGAGAGGGUGCGUAAACGACGUGUGGAGGAUGCAGCGGUGUCUGGUGGAGCGAUACGGGUUCUCGGAAAACGACAUAACCGUUUUGAUCGACACGGACAAGGCGUAUAGGGAGCCAACGGGGAAGAACAUUCGGUCAGCGUUGACAAGGCUGAUAGGGACGGCGAGAGGAGGGGACGUUCUGUUCGUGCAUUACAGCGGACACGGCACUCGCCUCCCUGCGGAAACGGGAGAGGAGGAUGACACUGGAUAUGAUGAAUGCAUUGUUCCUUCCGAUAUGAACCUCAUCACUGAUGAUGAUUUCAGGGAAUUUGUAGAAGGGGUGCCUAGAGAUUGCAAGCUCACAAUAGUAUCAGACUCUUGCCAUAGUGGUGGCCUAAUUGACGGGGCUAAGGAGCAGAUAGGAAAUAGUACAAAAGGAGAAGGGCACCAUUCUGGUUCUGGGUUUGGAUUGUCCAGUUUUCUUCGUCGUACUGUGGAAGAUGCCAUCGAGUCUCGUGGAAUUCAUAUCCCUUCAGUAUUGCGCCAUCAUGGACACAAGAAUGACGUUGAAGCUGAUGAUAGGGACAUUGAACUUCCACAUGAGCACUAUGGCUAUGUAAAGAAUAGAUCAUUGCCACUUUCUACCAUCAUAGACAUACUGAAGCAGAAAACUGGGAAAAAUGAUAUAGACAUCGGGAAACUGAGACUUACACUUUAUGAUAUUUUUGGGGAAGAUGCUAGCCCUAAAGUAAAGAAGUUCAUGAAGGUUAUCUUGAAUAAACUCCAACAUGGAGAUGGUGGAAGUGAAAAACAUGGUGGAAUAUUGGGGUUGGUGGGUAGUCUUGCUCAAGAGUUUCUCAAGCAAAAGCUUGAUGCAAACGAUUAUGGGUAUGCAAAACCUGCCAUGGAGACAAAGGUAGAAAAUAAAUAUGAGGCAUAUGCUGGUUCAACCACACACCGCCUGCCAGAAGGUGGAAUUCUGAUGAGCGGUUGUCAGACGGAUCAAACUUCUGCAGACGCAAGUCCUUCAGGUAAUGCUGCCAGUGCCUAUGGAGCUUUUAGCAAUGCGAUACAGGCUAUAAUUAAGGAGAGUGAUGGUGCAGUCACAAAUCAAGAGCUUGUUUUGAAGGCAAGAGAGAAGCUGAAGAGGGGAGGUUUCACCCAACAACCAGGACUCUAUUGCAGUGAUCAACAUGUUGAUGGCCUGUUCGUGUGCUGAUAUCAUCUGGUGCAGAGAAACAAUAAUGUGUUGUGCAUGGUGUGCUCGUGUAAUACUAUGUUUGGACAAUCAAUGUAGCUCAAGGAAUAUUUACUUCAACUAUGAUUUCAAUAAUCAUUCAUGAUAUCUGAUACAAACUAAUUCAGAUUCAGACUGGACUAUAUGUGAUACAACCUAGCUAUCUAGUAUUUCACUUUU